AGUGUGAAGUCUUAGAAGUUAAUUGUUAUGUCAACAUAUGUUUUGCCUCGUUAUUUUCCAAGAUGGUUGAACUGCACUUGGGACAUUGAAGCAGGAGGAUCACUCCGAAUUCGAGGCCAGCCUGUGCUACUUAGUGAGUUCAAGGCCAGCCUGUCUUGAAUGGGGGAGGUUGAACCUGGUGAAUUUUGAAGCAGGCGAAGUAGAAACGCUGGCCUGGGGCGGUCCCAGCCUCCGAGAGGCAGGUGGCGCUGCGGCGCGUCCCGGCGGAAGCAGAGAGGGCCGCGCUGUCCAACUUCCGGUCGCUGCGGCGGGGCGGAUUCGGUAGGCCCAGAGGCAGGGAGCCCACAGGUGGAGGGGCGAGAUGCCGUACGCCAACCAGCCCACUGUGCGGAUCACUGAGCUAACCGACGAGAAUGUCAAGUUUAUCAUAGAGAACACGGACCUGGCGGUGGCCAAUUCCAUUCGGAGGGUCUUCAUCGCUGAAGUCCCCAUCAUAGCCAUCGAUUGGGUUCAGAUUGAUGCCAAUUCCUCAGUCCUUCAUGAUGAGUUCAUCGCACACAGGCUUGGGUUAAUUCCCCUCACUAGUGAUGACAUUGUGGACAAGCUGCAGUACUCCCGGGACUGCACCUGUGAAGAGUUCUGCCCUGAGUGCUCAGUAGAGUUUACACUCGACGUGCGGUGCAACGAAGACCAGACACGGCAUGUCACCUCUCGAGACCUCAUUUCCAACAGUCCCCGGGUCAUUCCGGUGACAUCCCGGAACCGAGACAAUGACCCCAAUGAUUAUGUGGAGCAGGACGACAUCCUCAUUGUCAAGCUGAGAAAGGGGCAGGAGCUGAGGCUUCGAGCCUAUGCCAAAAAGGGCUUUGGCAAGGAGCAUGCCAAGUGGAACCCAACUGCAGGGGUGGCUUUUGAAUAUGAUCCAGACAAUGCCCUGAGGCAUACUGUGUACCCCAAGCCUGAGGAAUGGCCAAAGAGUGAGUACUCGGAGCUGGAUGAGGAUGAGUCACAGGCUCCCUAUGAUCCCAACGGCAAGCCAGAGAGGUUUUACUACAAUGUGGAAUCCUGUGGCUCUCUGCGCCCUGAAACCAUUGUCCUCUCAGCCCUGUCUGGAUUGAAGAAGAAGUUGAGUGAUUUACAGACUCAGUUAAGCCAUGAGAUCCAGAGCGAUGUAUUAACCAUAAACUAACUGCAGCUUGCGUGUUUAAGCACAAUGGGGAGUCAAGGCAGCAGCUGGAUUUCAGGUCUCUCUUGAGCCCUUUUAGUUAACUGGGCUCUGGACUGCUGCUGCUCAAGUUUCACAAUAGGUCACCAAGACCAGCUAGCUGGGGGUUGCAGAUAGAUUACCAGGAAUGCCUCUGGUGUUUAGCAGAGCCGAUUUUUACUAGACAUUUAGCAUCCUUGGUCUCAGAGCCCAAAGCAUCCCUUCCAUCCUGACUCCUAGCACACCAGUAGGGGGCUGUCCUGUUUCCUUGUUGAGAACCACUGGACUUCUCCAGGUCAUUCCGGCUCUUUAAAGCCUUUAUGUUCAAGAGUUUUCACAGCUGUAUCUGAGGUUUCUGGUUUUAAGAUUUAGUUAUCCAGGAAGCGUGUAAGCUCUCUGAUCCUUCCCUGAGGGCUAACCUACUGGCACUUGAAAUUCCUAAGUGUCCCUAAUUCGAGAAGUAACUUUGGGACUGUGGCUGUCUUCUGCUCCCACAAAUAAAGGUGCUCUUAUUCUCUA